AUGGAAAAUAAUGAAACAAAGACAGAGAGAAACUCUUACCUCUCAGAGUAUGAGAAUAGCUUUCGCUUCGAAUACUGGAAAAAUGCUGGUUUGGAAGGCAAAGGUUCCAGUUUGUCAACUUUUAAGGAAUAUAGGAUUCAAUUAGAAUUUCCUACUUUCUUCUUCCUCUUAUCAUCAAAACUUGCUAAUUCAAUUGCCAUUGCCAUUGCCAUGGACAAUCUCCCUGAACAUCUACUCGCUACAAUCGCAGAAUUCCUCAAUACACGGAUCGAAACCCUCUGUUUCCGGGCUGUUGGUAACUCAUUUCGUUCCUCAGUCCCUCCUCCACUCCCGCCGCUCUCGCAUUUCAAGAUUCCCUUCCCGCCGGGCGUGAAAGACGACGGCCACCUUGAACUCACUGAAUCAACUGUUUACGCCAUUCAACCCCUGGACAAAUCCAUUGAAACCUGGUUGUUCAAAGUAGAAGAGUCAAACUCUGGCAAAAUCCAGGUCAUGGAUCCCCUGUUUAAACUUCGUAUCAAAAACUCUUCCGAGAUGUUGCCCGAGUCUUUCAACUUGCUGGAUUAUCGCGUCAAGGAAAUUGCUAAAUCCUUUCGACUCGACAUGGUAUCAAAUUAUAAUCCUUUUUACGUUGAAAAGGUUGUCGUCUCUUCCGAUGAUGAUAAAGCUGGUGAAUUCGUACUAAUGGCGUUAAUUAGUGAAGGCCGAGUGGGCGUGUGGCGAAGCAAAGACGAGAGAUGGGCGAUCAAAGAUUUUGGCUAUGAAAGUUUUUACUGUAAAGAUAUCAUUUAUCACAAGAAGAAACUCUACGCUAUGGGAUUCGACGGCGUUACUGUGGCAGUGGAUCCCAAGUCUCUAAACGUCACUGAAGCUGCCGUGGCUCCUGGAAAAUCCCAUUCACAUCUUAUAAGGCACUCUCUGGUAAAAUCAAGGGAUGAUCUGUUUCUGAUCAACACGUAUUGGUUAUACAAAUACUACCAACAUGGUCCUCUCUUGGGUCGGAAUCGUUUGGAUGUUUUCAAGCUUGACAAAAAGAACUGCGAAUGGAUUGAAGACGAUAGAUUGAAAGAUCAAGUGUUGUUUUUAGGUGAAGAUGGUUCGUUCAUGCUUUCAGCGAAAGAAUUUCCUACGUGUAAAGGGGAUUGUGGUUACUUGAUGUAUAUGGAUUUGCGCGGAGUUGAUUUUGAUUUCUAUCUUCCCACAGAAGAUGUUGCGUAUUUUGACUUGGAGGAUCCGCCGCCGGGAUCUCAACCCGGGGCUCUUUCAAAAAAUUCGGAGGCUUUCUGGCCUCUACCCAUUGGCUCAGGCAGAAGCAGAAUUCCUGCUGAAUGGAUGUGA